AUGAGCAGACGCAACAAAAGCAGGCUCGUUGUAGACCUGGAUGACGAGGUCGAGUUUGUGACCAAGGUAGCUAAACAGACCACUAGGGGAGUAUGCUAUGUGGACGUACCUUUGCCUAUGCCCAUGGGUUCAAACGGGCCAUCAUCUUCCAAAAGUCCAUCGAAGGCUCCAGCUUCAGGCUCCUUGUUUAACUUGGAUGAUGGCGAUGUCCUGGGCAACAUAGGUGUACCGAUUCAGCUGGAUCCAGUGGCUCGGAAGACAAAGACCCAGAAUGACUUCAUGAGGGACUGGAUACCCCACUGUGAUGACUAUCUUCAUGCCAUUAUUGAGAUGGAAGCCCCGCCUGAGCCCAGAAACUGUGCGGAAUGCAAGCAUGCUCCUUUCCAUCGGAUAAAGCAUUGGCAGGGUCAGUAUUUUGAGCUGGCAUCACUGUAUCGGGUCGGCGUCUGCAUCCAUUUGGGGCAUGGCAGAGAUCCCUGCCCUCUGGGCGCCUUCACAGCACAUAACAACCCUGCACCGGUGGUGGCCCCGGGGUCCGAUUUCUGGAAUGCCUCCAAUGAAGACCUAAACACACAUGAUGGCGAGGUCCCAGAUGAUGGCGAGGUCCCAUUCGACUUUGCACCUCUGACAGGCACCCUUGACAGUGAAGCAAGGCAAACCGACGAUGCUCCCGAUCCCACUUGGGAGGAAGAUGUGCCACCGGUGCUCUCCCGGCCACCUCGCCGUGAUAGUUACGGGAAUCAGAUCAUAGUCAUUGUCGACAUCUCUGGCGUUCACCAUAUCGGCGUUGACUGGUGCCAGUGUGAGAUGGCAGUGGAGCGUGACAUGCAGCUUCUUCAAAUGGGACUUUACCCUGGUACCGUCAAGGAUCCCCAUACCGCCUUCACAUUCGCCGUCCUCGACGAUUUCCUUCUGGAGAACAAAGAGUGCAAGACGGCGGCAUUGAACUACUACAGCAAACUCAAAUGGGUCACGAGCAAUGCCUUCCCUGGCACCAUUCCCGACCAUUAUCGUGAGCUGAUGCGAGUGUCCCGCCAAUGGUGCCAACUCAAAUAUCGCAAGUGGCACGGCUUCUCACACGAUGCCCUCCAUCCUGUGGAGAAGGGUGGCCUCGCCAUCUUUUGUCCCACCUGUCCCCAGCCUGGGCUCAACCUGCCUUUCGAUUGGCAAGUGGAUCCAGUGCAGUGGAAGUUCAAAUGCAGCUUCAUCAUGGAUGGCAAUUUCAGUGCAGAGCACAUGAAGAUGAAGCACCCUGAGGAGGACGUCACCCUCAGUGACGGCCAGGCAUUCAUGGUUGGCCAAGAGGAUUACAAGGCUCAUCUGGCGGUGGCCAUGGAGUCGCAUCAGCGCUCCACUUGUCACGAGCACCGUGCUGUCAAUCAGGCCAAUGUGGAUCGCGCCAACCUCGACGCUACAGGAAUCAUGGCCACUGCUUGGGCCAGACAUGGUUUCUUCGUCCCUCAUACUGUCGUCGAUUUCCAGAAGGGAGAAAGACAAAUGAAUAUGGAUUACUCUCUCAGCAAUGCGCUCCUGACCCUCAUCGGUAUCACCCUCGUCCUCGUCAUGUACGACAUCAUAUGCCAGUAUGGUGUCCAUGUCCGCAAACAUUUCUGCCACAGCGCCUAUCUGAGGAUGCCCUUCAAGCUCAAGAUAGACCAAGGCAUCGGCUUGUUUCAUGUGCACGGACACCAAGAUUGCUGCUUCCAACGGUUCUCGCCCAACUUUAUAGUUGGCGCUGGUAUGGUCGAUGGUGAGGUCAUCGAGACCCUGUGGGCGCCGACAAAUGAGGUCUCAGCAGUGAUGUCAGUUAUGGGUGAUAAUAAAUUAUGCUAG